GCUGCCUCCGAACUCUCAGACAAUGAGCCCUAUUUUAUGGCUGCAUUCGUUUCCAAAAUAUUUCUUGGCGCUGUUUUUUCCGUUUUAUUUGUAGUUGUUUUUUAGUGCUUUUUAAUAUUUAGUUAUUUUAGUUUGUGGACAAAAAGAAGGGGGGCGAAACUGUUUGAAGGCCGCGUCCGUCGCCGGCCCGCCGUCUUCCCUCCUCCUCCUCCUCCUGCCUUCCGCUCUGAAUCAAGAAAUGGGUUCGGGAAGUAGCCGCAUGGCCCCGCGGUCGCCGCGCCGCCGGCAGCAAGCCCGGCCGAGGCUCGGGCUCGCGGCCUUCCUAUGCGGCGGCGCCGCCGCCGAGGCCGCUGCCUCCGCCGAUUCCCCCCAGAUUGAAGAUAAGCUAGCAGACAAAUCAGUCAUUCAUGCAAGACUCGAUGGUUCUGUAUUGAAUUCUAAUAUCCAGAUCUCGGUCAAGGAGUCUUCUGUAAGCUUUUCCCAAGAAAAUAAGCCUUCUAGCUCCACCAGUGAACAAAUGAAGUCUACUCAAAGCAAUAAUUGUGUUAAUGGGGAUCACUUGGAAAAUUCUUGCAUUGAGAUGUCUCGUUCUGAGAGGACUUCCAGACUACCAAGUAUGUUAGGGAAACCAGUGGAAAUUGUUGACACUACUUUAGCUCCAACAAUGGAAGUAGCUAAUUCCACAAAUGGACAUAAUUCCCAUAGUUUACCAAGCUUCUCAAGUGGCAUGCAUCAACUUGAACUUAGAGAUUUACAUACAAAUGAGAUUUUGUCCAUUGUUAAUCCUUCAGAUGAGGUCGUGAGCCUCCCUAGUACCAAUACAGAAUAUGUUUCUGUUAUUCCAAGUGUAUCUUCAACUUCGCAUUUUUCAAGUGAAGAACCUCUAGGUGCAACUUCUUCUGGUUCAGAUGCUCAAAGAUCAACUGGAUCAGGUGAACAGAGAAAUGGAAGUGAACUUCAUGUUGAUUUGGUCAGCAUCUCUUCUGAUGUUCCCAAUGGCUCUAGGGAGACAAGUAGUAGUGUGUCACGAAGGAAUACUAGAAGACUUUUCUGGGAUGCCUUUUCCAGACACAGUUCUAGGACUGUUGACUCAGCAUUGAUACAUUCGUCUGCAGAUAAUAAUGGUCUAGGAUAUCAGGACAGGUGGCUACUAGACAUUGGUGAUCACACUUUUGGAGAUGGGGCUGAAGAUGAUUCCUUUUACUCACGGCAGAGACGCCAUGGUUUAAAUGGUGUUAGUUGGCAUUCAAGAUCCGAGAUAAGGGAGCGUCUUCAUGCUGGCUUUAAUAAUAAUGAUGGGCAAGCAUCUUCCUGCCCAUCAGGUAUCCAUCAAGAUGGCACAUGCUCUUGCACACUGCUAAUGACUGAUGUGUCAAGUACGCGAGCCAGUAUUGCACGAAUUUUUGUGUUAGCCGAGGCAUUAUUUGAGGUCCUGGAUGAAAUUCAUCACCAACCUGGAUCACUUUCACUUUCCGUGGUUUCAGUCCCAGCACCGGAAUCUAUUGUCAAUUCCUUGCCUUCAAAGAUCCACAGAAAACCUGACACUGCCUUGGGCAUUGAUGGCGUGGAACAAUGUUACAUCUGCUUGGCUGAUUACGAUGAUGGGGACAUCAUAAGAGUCCUUCCCUGCCACCAUGAAUACCACAAGUCUUGUGUUGAUAAAUGGCUUAAAGAAAUUCACGGGGUAUGUCCUCUGUGCCGCCACAAUGUUAGUGAAGGUGUCACUGGCAUCACUCUCUCAAACUCAUAAACAUCGUGGGUAGUAUGAUGCAAGUGAAGGUGUCACUGGUAGCUCAAUCUCGAACUCGUAAAUAUCAUGUGUACAAUGAAACCGUGAAUGUACUGGUCAUGUAGCAAAUCCUAAAUGGUUCUGUUUCCACUUUUAUUUUUGCACAUAUUUCCUUGAUGUCCUCUGCGAUACACACAUCAAUGGAGAAGACUCAUCUCUUACGAUGAGCAAUUGAAUGUUGAA